UGCCGCAGUGCCCUCUCCGACGGCGCGAUGCUAAGCUACGGCGCGGAGGUGCUAUUCGGCGGCGGCGGCCCUAUGGUUUAUCGCAAGGAUGCCGGGGGCGGCUUGCGCUCAGCCGGCCCGGCGGGGCUCUCGCGCUCCGGGGUCGGUUCCUUGUCCUCCAGCGGCUUCCACUCUCAGGGCUGGUCCCGCUCCUGGGGCUCAGCUUCCCGGCGCCAGCUGGGCUCGUCCACCGAGAGCCUGGAGUCGCUGAACGGCGAGUUGCGCGGGGGGCGCAACGAGAAGGAGGUGCUGCAGUCGCUCAACGACCGCUUCGCCGGCUACAUCGACAAGGUGCGCGCCUUGGAGGAGCAAAACCGGCAGCUGGAGGGCGAGGCGGCUGCGCUGCGCCAGCAGCAAGCCGGCCGCUCGGCGCUGGGCGAGCUGUACGAGCGCGAGAUCCGGGAGAUGCGCGGCGUGCUGGUGAGGGCCAGCAACGAGAAGGGGCAGCUGCGGCUGGAGCAAGAGCGGCUGGAGGAGGAAGUAGGGGCGCUGCGCCAGCGGCUGGAGGACGAGGCCCGUCUGCGCGAGGAGAACGAGGCGGCCGCCCGCGCCCUGGCUAAAUUCACCGAGCAAGCCCAAAUGACCAAAGGCGACCUGGAGAAGAAGCUGGCAUCCCUGCGCGAGGAGAGCGUCUUCCUACGCCGCAGCCACGGCGACGAGGUGGCCGAGCUGCUGCGCCAGAUCCAAGGCGGCGGGCCGGCCGCCGUCUUCGAGAUGCGCGAGUUGCCCGCCGUCCAGUCCGACGUCACCUCGGCGCUCAAGGAGAUCCGCGCUCAGCUGGAGGGACAUGCCUUCAAGAGCUCGCUGCAGUCCGAGGAGUUUUUCCGAG